UCUUGUGUGUAUUUAAAGACAACAUAUGAAUACAUUGGUAUUUAUUGUGAUUUUAUCAAGCGCGUCGGAUUAUUUGUGUUUAGCUUAUUAAUCGAGCAGAACAUCUGAUAUCUGUUCCUAAAAAAAGUGAAGCCUUUUUUAGAUUUUUUUUUUCAUUUCUUUUAAAUCAUAUCAUUUAAUUACUUCUAGUCUUCUAAAUAAUCUUAUUUGGAUUUUGUGUAAUCGAAAACUAAUUUGCCGGUAGCAAUAAAUUUUCUUGUUGUCAGUUAGACAUUGUAGCAAUUUAUAAGAAUUUCUAUUUUAUCAAGAUCAUCAAAAGUGUAUAAAAUGUCGGCAAUAACCAAAGGUAUUUUCAUUGUCGGAGCAAAACGGACUGCUUUUGGUACAUUCGGUGGUACAUUGAAAAGUGUCAGUGGAACACAACUGCAAGCGCAUGCUUGCAAAGCAACACUUGAAGCAGCUGGUGUUCGUCCUGAUCAAGUCGAUACGGUUAUCAUUGGAAAUGUUUUGGUUCCAUCACAGUCUGACGGAAUUUACAUUCCAAGACACACGUCCUUGUUGUGUGGAAUUCCCAUUGAUCGUCCUGCACUGGGUGUAAAUCGUUUGUGUGGUUCAGGUUUUCAGUCGGUUGUCAACGGUGCACAAGACAUUAUUCUCGGUGCAGCGAAAAUAGCCCUUACAGGAGGUGUUGAUAAUAUGUCGCUAUCACCAUUCAUCGUUCGUAAUGUUAGAUUUGGUACAUCUCUAGGUGUUCCAAAUGCAUUUGAAGAUUCUCUCUGGGCCGGCCUAACCGAUUCAUACUGUAAAUCACCGAUGGCUAUUACUGCCGAAAACCUAGCCGUCAAACAUAAAAUUCCGCGUGAAAAGGUUGAUGAGUUCGCAGUGCGCUCGCAAAAGCUUUGGAAGGAAGCCAAUGAUCAAGGCAUUUUCAAAACUGAAAUUGCACCAUUCCCCGUUAAAAUCAAGGGCAAAGACGUUGAUUUUGCUGUUGACGAGCAUCCAAAACCACAAGCCACCCUCGAAAAUCUUGCCAAAUUGAAACCAGUUUUUAAAAAAGAUGGUGUUGUUACAGCUGGAAAUGCAUCGGGUAUUUGUGAUGGUGCCGCAUCCGUACUAAUUGCAUCAGAAGAGGCGGUCACAGAAAAUAAUCUCAAACCACUGGCUCGAUUGGUUGCAUACUCCGCCGUUGGUGUACCACCAGAAAUUAUGGGCAUUGGUCCCGUUCCGGCCAUUCAAAAUGUUCUCAAAGUGUCUGGUUUAACAUUAAAUGACAUUGAUUUGAUUGAAAUCAAUGAGGCGUUCAGUGUUCAAACUUUAGCUUGUGCGGAAUCACUUGGAUUGGAUAUAAAUAAAUUGAAUGUUAAUGGCGGUGCAAUUUCCAUUGGGCAUCCGUUGGCUGCUAGUGGCUCAAGAAUCACUGGUCAUUUGGUGCAUGAACUGCAACGCAAAGGUUUGAAACGAGCAAUUGGCGCUGCCUGCAUCGGUGGGGGCCAAGGAAUUGCAGUUCUCAUCGAAUCAGUCUAAUUUAAAGCAAACAACACACAUACAUCAAUUUUAUAUUAUGCCUUUGUAUUUUGGUUAAAGGGAAAUUUAUUUAAAAAAUGAUUCCUCUAUGUUCGGAUUAAAAACAUGCUUAAUUUCAAAUAAA